UGUCAUGUGUGUCACAGUUGGCAUUUUAAAGCUGUGUUUUGGAUCGAAGCAAUGCGUAAACGCACCUCUCCCGGGAUGUUUACACAUUGCUUUCAAGUGUUUGUAUGCAACGCUUUCUAUUCCCUUUUGAGCCGCUCUUUUUAAGUCUCUACUCAAAAUUUAUAACAGUGUUGGGAGCUAAGAUCGUAUUGUGAACAGCCACCAAGGACUUCCUGGUAUCCAUCUGUGCGUGAGCCGUUUCAGAGGCUGUUCUUUGUGCCAUGACACUGUAGUUCCCUGGCGGAGGAGAAGGGUCUUUGUUGAGACAGACUGCUGUGCUGCUCUGGAGUGGUGUUGCUGUCGACUCUUUCUCUGUCUCCACCUCUCAAAAUUCAGAGGGGGACCAUGUUGGUUUUUUUACCCCUGAUGCCCCCUCCCUUGACCCUUCUGGGGGUGGUGCUGGUGCUGUUUUUGCUGUACCUGCUCUCCUCCACCCCUGGGCCUGGGAAAUACCCACCAGGACCAAGACCCCUGCCUCUCCUCGGGAACCUGCUCCACCUGGACCUGAAACGGCUCCAAGUGUCUCUCUGUGAGCUGUCUCAGAAGUAUGGAUCUGUGUAUACUGUGCAUUUGGGCCCAAAGAAGGUGGUUGUCCUGGCAGGCUACAAGACAGUCAAACAGGCACUCCUCAACUAUGCUGAAGAGUUUGGAGACCGAGACGUUGCACCAAUAUUUAGAGAUGCUAUGCAAGGGCAUGGUGUUGUUUUCGCCAACGGAAACUCCUGGAAGGAGCUGAGACGCUUCACCCUCUCCACCCUGCGAGACUUUGGAAUGGGCAAGAGGGGGAGCGAGGAGAAGACCAUCAAGGAAUUACACCACCUCAUCAAGCUGUUUGAGAAUUUCAAGGGCAAGCCUUUCAACACCACUCAGCCACUGAAUUACUCCGUCUCCAACAUAAUCUGCGCCAUCAUGUAUGGCAGCCGCUUUGACUACGCUGACCCUGCCUUUCAAAAAAUGGUCAACAGGGUCAAUGAAAAUAUACGCCUGGCUGGUUCAGCUCAAAUAAAGUUAUACAACAUCUUCCCAUGUCUGCGCUGGUGUUGUGGCUGGUGGCUGGUGAAUCGGACCCAGAUGUUGAAGAACUUCUCCAAGAACCUUGAAGAGAUUAAGGGUCUGGCACAGGGACUGAAGAACACACUCAACCCCCAAGACCUCAGGGGAUUUGUGGACUCCUUCCUAGUUCAGCAGCAGGAGGAGUCAGACCAGCUGGGUUCCUACUUCCACAACGACAACCUGAACUAUACUGUUGCCAACCUGUUUGCAGCUGGGACAGACACCACUGCAACCACCCUGAGAUGGGCCCUGCUGCUGAUGGCCAAGUACCCGCACAUACAGGACCAGGUUCAGGAAGAGAUGAGUCGUGUAAUUGGGGAUCGGGAACCCCGAGUGGAGGACCGGAGGAACCUGCCCUACGCAGACGCUGUGAUCCACGAGAUCCAGAGAGUGGCUAACAUUGCACCCAUGACCAUUCCCCACACUACCAGCUGCGAUGUCACUUUCCAGGGAUACUUCAUCAAGAAGGGAACUACAGUGAUCCCACUCCUCAUGUCAGUGCUGCAGGAUGGGGAAGAGUGGGAGACCCCCCACAGCUUCAACCCUGGCCACUUCCUGGAUGAGAAGGGCUGCUUCAUCAAGAGAGAUGCCUUCAUGCCCUUCUCUGCAGGGCGACGGGCCUGUCUGGGAGAGAGCCUGGCCAGGAUGGAGCUUUUCCUCUUCUUCACCUUCCUCCUGCAGAGGUUCCGCUUCACACCACCACCGGGGGUGUCUGAGGAUGAGCUGGACCUGACACCGUCUGUGGGGUUCACCCUCAACCCUUCUCCCCACCAGCUGUGUGCUGUGAGCCGGGCAUAAACCCCACUCCAGCUCUGUGCUGUGAGCCGGGCCUAAACCUGUUUGCCCUAAAUAAAGUUUAGGUAAUUUUGCAUGUAUUUACUGUAAUCUCCAGUGAUUGAAUUCUGUUAUUGUACUGGAUUUUAAUCAAGUUUCAAUACAGCUAGAUUCUCAGAGAUGUAAAAGUGAAUUUUAGAAACUGUGUAUAAACUUAGGUAGCCAAA